AGGCUGUUAGCAGUCAGAGCAGCAGCAGAGCUCAGAUGGAUAUUUCUGUUCUGCCCAACAGCAAUCACCCAGAGAGGUUGCUGCAGCUGGAUGUUGGGAUGUUGGAUGCCAGGCGCGGCCUGUCCCAGGUCGGAGCCAUCGUUUCCAGUCAGAGACGGUGGCAGAACAGGGUCUAUUGGCAGUCAGGUGAAGAGGACGAUCACUGCUGUCCAUCAUCUGCUUCCUUGGACUGCAGCCUGCAGCCAGAGCAGAGAAGGGAACAGACGGCUCAGCCUGGAAGCCAGAGGUUCACAGAGGGCCGAUCCGUGGCGUUUGUGGACAGAUAUCUGGAGAAGCACAUCACACCAGUUACUCUGAAGUCUAACAUCAAGACCAAUCCUCUUUAUUUGGAGAUGAAAGACAGGGACAUGGUGGACAGCGAGGAGUUUAGGCCUUCCUGGACCAUCCAGGAGUAUGACUCACAGACCAUCCAUGGAAACCUGGCAGAUUAUUCCAAGGAUGAAAAAAGUGCAAAGGAUCUGGACUUCUGGCUUGAGGACCUCUACACUCCAGGAUUCGACUCCCUGCUCAAGAGGAAAGAGGCAGAGCAGCGUAGAAAACGACUUUCUAGAAUCCUUCCCUUAGUUGUUGUGCUGCUCUGCGUUUGUCUCACCGUCAUCAUUGUUCCUGUUUUACUAAAUAAAUGAUUUC